AUGGGCCUCGCCGGCGACUAUGCCACGCUGAUGUUCGGCCGCUUCGUGGCCGGCGUCGGCGUGGGCUACGGGCUGAUGAUCGCGCCGGUGUACACCGCCGAGGUGUCCCCCGCGUGGGCCCGCGGCUUCCUGACCUCAUUCUCCGAAGUGUUUAUCAACGUCGGGAUCCUCCUCGGGUACGUCUCCAACUAUGCCUUUGCCUGCCUGCCGCUCCACCUCGGCUGGCGCGUCAUGCUCGGCAUCGGCGCGGCGCCGUCCGUCCUGCUGGCGCUCAUGGUGUUCGGCAUGCCCGAGUCCCCCAGCUGGCUCGUCAUGAAGGGCUGCCUCGCGGACGCCAGGCUCGUACUGGAAAGAAUCGCCGAGACGCCGGAGGAGGCUGCGGAACGCCUGGCCGACAUCAAGGCUGCCGCUGGAAUCCCGCACGAAGCCGACGGCGACGUGGUCACCGUGCCCAAGAGGAAAAGCGCCGAGGAGAAGCAGGCGUUGACUCCGUCGUGCUGUACAGCCCGCGCGUGUUCCAGAGCGCGGGCUGCGGGCAUCACCGACGACGACCAGCUCCUCGCCAGCACCUGCGCCGUCGGCGUCACCAAGACUGUUAUCGUGCUGUUGGCCGCGGUCCUCCUGGACCGCGUCGGAAGGCCCCCGAUGAUGCUGACCAGCUCCGGCGGCAUGGCCGUCUCGCUCGUCGGUCUCGGCACAGGGCUCACCGUCGUGGGCCGGCACCCACACACCGAAGUUCCCUGGGCCGUGGCCCUGUGUGUCACGUCCACUCUGGCAUUCGUGUCGUUCUACUCGAUCGGCCUCGGGCCCAUGACGGCGGUUUACACCUCGGAGAUCUUCCCGCUGCGGGUUCGCGCGCUGGGCUACGCGGUCGGCGUGGCGUGCAACCGCGUGACGAGCAGCGUCGUCUCCAUGACCUUCCUGUCGCUGUCCAGCGCCAUCACCAUCGGCGGCAGCUUCUUUCUCUACGCCGGCAUCGUCACUCUCUCGUGGGUGUUCUUCUUCACCUGUCUCCCGGAGACGCGCGGCCGGACGCUGGAGGAGAUGGGAGAGCUGUUCGGCACGAUUGACGCGGGCACCGAAGCAGAUGACGCCUCCGCGAGACUCCUUGCGUCAGAGUUGACCACACGAUACUGUUUUUGCGCUUUGGUUUGUCUGCACCUGGAGAUAGUGAUGGGCAUCUUGAACAUUUACUCGCUCAUCGGGUCCUUUGCGGCAGGGCGGACGUCCGACUGGAUUGGGCGCCGCUUCACUGUGGUCUUCGCCGCUGCCAUCUUCUUCGCCGGCUCGCUGCUCAUGGGUUUCGCCGUCAACUACGCCAUGCUCAUGGCGGGCCGGUUCGUGGCUGGCGUCGGGGUGGGCUACGCGAUCAUGAUCGCGCCCGUUUACACCGCCGAGAUCUCGCCGGCGGCAGUCCGCGGCUUCCUGACGUCCUUCCCGGAAGUGUUCAUCAACUUCGGUAUCCUGCUCGGUUACGUGUCGAACUUCGCGUUCGCUCGCCUUCCCCUCUACCUCGGCUGGCGCGUCAUGCUCGGCAUCGGCGCGGCGCCGUCCGCCCUGCUUGGGCUCAUGGUGUUCGUCAUGCCCGAAUCACCUAGGUGGCUCGUCAUGAAGGGCCGCCUCGCGGACGCCAGAGCGGUGCUGGAGAAGACCACUGAGACGCCAGAGGAGGCCGCGGAACGCCUAGCCGACAUCAAGGCUGCGGCGGGGAUUCCCAAGGACCUCGACGGAGACGUGGUCACCGUUCCCAAGGAGCGAAACGGUGGUGAGAAGCAGGCUUCUGGCAUCGACUCCGUCGUCCUGUACAGCCCGCGCGUGUUCAAGAGCGCGGGAAUCACCGACGACAACAAGCUCCUGGGCACCACCUGCGCGGUGGGCGUCACCAAGACGCUCUUCAUCCUGGUGGCCACGUUCCUGCUCGACAGAGUCGGCCGGCGGCCGCUCCUACUGAGCAGCGUGGGCGGCAUGAUCAUCUCGCUCGUCGGCCUCGGGACGGGCCUCACCGUCGUGGGGCACCACCCGGACGCCAAGAUCCCGUGGGCCGUCGCCCUGUGCAUCCUGUCCGUCCUGGUCUACGUGUCGUUCUUCUCGAUAGGGCUCGGGCCCAUGGGGUCGGUUUACCCCUCGGAGAUCUUCCCGCUGCGGGUGCGCGCGCUGGGCUUCGCGGUCGGCGUGGCCAGUAACCGCGUUACCAGCGGCGUGAUCUCCAUGACCUUCCUGUCCCUCUCCAAGGCCAUCACCAUCGGCGGCAGCUUCUUCCUCUACUCCGGCAUCGCCGCGCUCGCGUGGGUUUUCUUCUUCACCUACCUCCCGGAGACUCGAGGUCAGACGUUGGAGGAAAUGGGCAAGCUGUUCGGCAUGGAAGACACGGACAUGGCUGAAACAGAAAACACCGCUGCCAAGGAGAAAGUAGUGGAAAUGCCCACGAGCUAG